AUGCCUUCCUAUGGCUGGCUGCUGGCUCUGUAUCUAGCAGCACUACCAGGAAACACUGCUGGUGCUGUUGCACGGGAACCAACUGAGAGGAACUGCUCUGUGAUCCCACCAUAUCUCCCCAGCACAGCAGUAAACACCUCUCUCCAGCUGAAGGAGCUACGAGAGCAAAUGCUUGCCAUGAAUAUUUCUGCCUACGUUAUCCCCGGCACUGACGCUCACCUGAGUGAGUAUAUCGCACCACGUGAUGCCAGAAUGGCCUUCAUGACUGGUUUCACCGGUUCCGCAGGCACUGCUGUAGUUACCCAGACCAAGGCCGCUUUGUGGACAGACAGCCGCUACUGGGUUCAAGCUGAGAGACAAAUGGACUGCAGCUGGGAGCUGGAAAAAGAUGUGUCCAUCAGCAGCGUGGCAGAGUGGCUCAUCUCAGAAGUGCCACCAGGUGGCGAGAUCGGCUUUGAUCCUUUCCUUUUCUCCCUCAAAACGCAGGAAAACUACAACAUCAAUCUGGAGUCGAGCGAUCGCGGCCUCAAGUCAAUCCCCGUAAAUCUGGUCGACAAAGUGUGGAAGGAAAGGCCGCCCGUCCAGUCUGAUGGGCUCAUCCGCCUGCCUGAUAGAGUCAUACAAAGGUCCUGGCAGGAAAAAGUGGAACACAUACGGAUUCAGAUGAGGGACAAUCCAUACAAGCCCACAGCUCUGCUGCUUUCAGCACUGGAUGAAACGGCCUGGCUUUUCAAUAUGCGUGGCAAUGACAUCCCUUACAAUCCUUUCUUCUACUCCUACACCCUUCUCACAGUGGAUAAGAUCUGGCUCUUUCUCCACACGGAGCGAGUUACUGAUGAUUUGAAGGCAUACCUGAAUGCCUCCUGUGAAGGGGCCCUCUGCGUGCAGCUAAAAGGUUAUGACACCAUCCUUGAUCAUCUGAAGACCUAUGUGGCCGGGCCUGGGGUUAAAGUGUGGAUCGGUACAGAGUACACAAACUACGCCCUUUAUGAGGUCAUUACACCACAGGACAAACUGCUGACAAGUUCCUACUCUCCUGUGUUGACGACAAAAGCCAUAAAAGAUGAGACUGAGCAGCAAAUUUUAAGGGAUGCUCAUGUGAGGGAUGCUGUCGCUGUCAUCCAGUUCUUGAUGUGGCUGGAAAAGGCCGUGCCGGAGGGGAAUCAGACUGAACUGAGCGCUCUAGAAUACGUCGAUAAUUGCCGCAACAAACAGAAGGACAGCAGAGGCCCAAGCUUUGAAACCAUCUCUGCUAGUGGCCCUAAUGCUGCUCUUGCCCAUUACAGCCCUACAAUAGAAACAAACAGGAGGUUGACAGUUGAUGAGAUGUACCUGAUCGACUCUGGUGGCCAGUAUCUAGAUGGCACCACUGACAUCACUCGGACAAUUCACUGGGGAAAGCCCACAGAAAUGCAAAAAGAGGCCUUCACUCGAGUGUUGAUGGGAAACAUUGAGAUAUCCCAAACCAUUUUUCCCUCAGGGACAAGAGGUGUGAACAUGGAGAUGCUGGGUCGCCGGGCAUUGUGGGAGGUGGGCCUGAACUACGGCCACGGCACAGGUCAUGGCGUCGGAAAUUACUUCGGAGUUCAUGAGUGGCCUGUUGGCUUUCAGAGCAAUAACAUUCCCUUCAGAUCCGGCAUGUUCACAUCUAUUGAGCCUGGAUAUUAUAAGGAGAAUGACUUUGGGAUCCGGAUUGAAGAUGUUGCUGUGACCGUACCAGUUCAGACAAAGUAUGGAAAUAACUACCUGACCUUUGACACUGUAUCACUGGUUCCAUAUGACAGAAAGCUAAUUGACACAUCCCUGCUCAGCUCAAAACAGCUUCAGUGGCUGAAUAAAUACUACGAGACAAUCCGGAGGCUGGUGGGUCCUGAGCUGGACAGUCAGGGCCUUCAUGAGGAGAAGGACUGGAUGCUUAGAAACACGGAGCCUUUUGCUGAGGUUGGAUCUUCUGCGUCCGUCUCUUCCUCCUCGCUGACCCUCAUCGCUCUGGCCAUCGCUCUUCUCCACGAUAUCGUCUGAGCAUCUCCAUCUCUCCUGCAGUCACUCCAUUCACAGCAGACUUGCACACUAUUGUUACUCCUAUGCAGUCUCAGUUGAGCAGCUACACCAGGUUGAGAGAUGCAAUUUAGCUUUUUUUUUUAAUUUAAAGAUAGAUUUAAUAACUUAAUUAUGCUGGUAAAUGUCUGAUAUGGAGUUUUAAAUUAUGU